CUCAUUUUUUGUAUUUACGUGAUAACGAACACUUUGCUAAAAUGUCAAUGUAAAUCUAAUAACGAAAUGCUAAGAUAAGAAAUACCCGUAGUAUAAGAAAGACUCCUAUUUCGAGGCAAGUUGUACGUAUAUCGAUCACGAUGAUGGGCGUGUUAGUUUUCGUGGCCUUUGUGCCUUUUGCUUUAGCUUUCCCCCAUCAGCAAACUGGAUCUUCACUAUCGCAGCCAUCUACCAAAAUUGUCGGAGGAAGCUCUGCAACAAUUAACGAAAUUCCUUACAUUGUGCAAGUUUAUAAGAAUGGUGGUCCACAGUGUGGUGGGUCAAUCAUUUCACGAACUUGGGUAGUCUCAGCGAGCCACUGUUUAGAAGGAUUGGAUGCCGCAAACGUAAGCAUCCGAGCGGGAACAGACCAAUUCUUGAAGGGUGGUGUGGUGAUACAGGCCUCAGAUGUAUAUGUCCAUCCCAAUUAUAAUCUUCAAACAGUAAACUGUGACAUAGGUUUAAUAAAACUCGCUUCAGCACUUUCUUUUGGUCCAACAAUAGCUGCAAUUUCUCUUGCGAAUAGGAAAGUUGCAGCAGGAACAUUGGCUGUCGUUUCUGGUUGGGGAUACUUAGCUGGCGGUGAUAAUGAUACCGCCCCAAUACAAUUACAAAAAGUUACACUACCAGUUGUUAGCAACAACGAAUGUCCAGAAGUAAUUAAUGAAUCACAGUUAUGUGCAGGCAACGAGUCUGAAAUCCAAAGUUCCUGUUUUGGUGACUCCGGAGGCCCUUUGGCUGUAGGAAAUACCCUCAUUGGUGUUGUUUCCUUUGGCUACGAUUGUAAGGGAGUAUCAUAUUAUGCCAACGUUACCAAUCUUCACAGUUGGAUAUCAUCAAUAACUUCAAUUUGACAUACAGGGCAUAUAUUUUGAACUAUAAUUACUACUGACGAUGUAAAUAUUUAAAAUUACACCAAAAAUAAAAAAAUUCAUAGACCUAA